AUGGCUGAUAGAUUCGCGGCGCUCGCCGGCUACGAUGCCGGUUCCAACUACGACUCUACGAUAGAGCAGAGUCUGGCAGCCGCAACACGCGACGAUCUGCCAGGACUCGAGACGGUGGCCAGCAUCAACCUCGACCUUCCGCCGUCCAAGCCGCUCAACAGCACAUUUGGCAAGUCCAAGAAGCCCAGCGCAGCGGCCGAGCGCGCCAGGCGCAUCACUUCGGGCCCCAUCGACCUCGGCACCGGCCGAUCGCGCACACCGCCUCCGCACGACUCGUCCGCCAGCUCGUCCAACAAGGAGAACGCGCGUCAGCAAGAGCCUCCCUCCACGCAGCGCAAGCAGGAGCAGCGAAGGCACUACGGCGUGCGCAUCGCCGAAGACGACACCUUUGAUGAACUCGAAGACAGUCUCCAGCGCGGUCACCAGCAGGAUGAGCUGCAGCGCAUGCAGCAAGACAUGUCGCAAGGCGGCGACUCGCUGCUCGCCGCGUCCCCGGCCAACGACUCGGGUCAGUGGGGCGCGCGCGCCAUGCGCCGCCGUUCUGCAGCAGGCGUGUCGAUGAAGUCGGCUCAGGAGAAGAUCAACAACCUCACCCAGGAGCGUGACGAGCUCAAGAUCGUCGUCGACCUGCUGCGCGAAAAGGUUUCGCUCGACGACAGGCUCGCCGAGCUCAUAGUGCUCAAGAAGGAGAAGCUCUCGUACACCAACAAGAUGAUCGCGCAGCAGGCCAUGCUCAAGCAGCAGGACCGUGCGAUCAAGGUGCUUCAGAAGGAGCAGCAGCAGUGGAAGGGCGGCAAUCCUGCUGCGUACGAGCAGCGCAUCGCUGAAUUGCAGGCCAAGCUCGUCGCGGCCGAGAACAAGGCCGAGGAGGAGAGGCGCGAAAAGGUGCGCCUGCAGGACGAGCUCGACUUUGUCAAGCGACGCGGCCCGCCUCCAGGAGCCCCGGGCGACGAAACCUCGGCCACGUCACUCGGCGACUCGACGCGCUUGCGGCAGCGCAUCGACACGCUGCGCGACGAGCACGAGGACGAAAAGUACGAGCUGCGCAGGGAGCGCGACGAGGUGCAGGAGCAGCUCGAACGCGCCCGCGACGAGAUCGACCACCUCCGCUCGGCACAUCGUCGCUCGUCGUCGCCGGCCGAGACGUCGCACUACCGACGCAACAUCGACGAUCUCGAACAGCAGCUCACCGCGCACAAGACCGAGAACGCCAAGAUGCUCGAGCGCCAGGCACAGCUCGUCGCCGACAUCGAGCAGCACAAGGACGAGCUGUACGAGCUGCGCUCGUCCGAGGAGGCGCUUCAGCGCGAGCUCGACGUGGCCAACCAGCGGCUCGAGCACGCCAACAUUACGCAGGAGGACGAGGCGGCACGCUUCGCCGAGGCCGAACGUCUCGCCGCAGACCGCUACCAGGACCAGAUCGACAAGCUGCGCGACGAGCUCGCCUCGGCGCAGCUCCAGAUCGACGGCAAGGAGGCCGAGCUCGAAAAGCUGGAUGGCGAACUGCAGGACCUCACUGCCAAGGUGGCCGAUCUCGAUUACGAGCUGCGCCAGGCCGAGACGCUGCUCGAGGAGCAAAAGGUGCAGCUCGAGGGCGUCGAGGCCGAGGCGGACGAGCUCGACCGCCAGGUGCAGGCGUACAAGCAGGAGGCCGACGAGCUUCGCGCCGAGGCGGACGAGCUGCACAAGGAGCUCGAGUCCAAGGACGCCGAUCUGGCCGAGACGAACAAGGAGAUGCAGGAAAUGUCCAACCGCAUGUUUGGUCUCGAGGAGGAGCUCGAGGCGCGUGCCGACGAGAUCAAGCAGCUCGACGAGGAGAUCGCCAAGGUGGAGGAUGCGCUGCAGCAGGCCAACGAGAAGCACGAGCGCCACACCGGCGUGCUCAAGGAGAAGCUCGUGCUGGCCUCGCAGGAGCUCACGGGCACCCAGGGCCAGCUCGAGGCGACGCUCGGCGAGCUCGAGGCGAUGCGCGAAGAGGCCGACACAUAUGCACGCGAGGUGGAGCAGCUCACUGCAGAGCGUGCGCGCCUCGAAGAUCUCAACGCCAAGUUGGACGCCAAGGUGUCCGACGUAGUCGAGGACCUCAAGGCUGAGGAGCGGGCGCUGGACGAUGCGCAUGCCGAGUGGGAGCGCAAGCUCGAGGAGGUCGAGGAGCGCAUGGCGCGCGUGGUGCGGGACAAGGACGACGCGAUCGUGUCGCUGGAGAACGAGUUGAACCAGAUGGAGGACGACCUUGCUACGCGCAAGGCCGACGUGCAGACGCUGCAGGAUGCGCUGCGCACCAAGGAGAACGAGUCGUUCCGCAUCGGGCAGAGCUCGGCCAACGACAAGUACAGCCUGGAGCUCGAGAUCGACCGUCUGAAGCGCGACCUUGCGCGGUGCGAGGACGACCUGGCGCGGGCGCGCAAGGAGCUCGACCGCAAGGACGACGUGCUGCGCCACAAGGAGGAUGCGCUCGCCCAGAUGCACUCGGAGCUGCGCGAAGCGCAAGCCAAGCUGGCCAGCGAGAUGCAGGGUCACCUUGGCCUGUCGGAGCGCUUCGAGGCGCAGCAGAACGCGAUCAAGGCCGAGCGCAAGGAGCUCGAUGCGGCGCGUGCCAAGGUGGAGGAGCUGGAGCACGAGCUGAACAACGGCGAGCGCGCCAAUUUGCGCUCCGAGCAGGCGACGCGCAGUGCGCUCGACCAGCGCAACGCGCUGCUGCUCACCAUCUACACGCAGAUGGGCAAGCUACUGGCAUCGGCGUCGGCGGACGGCAAUGCGACGCCGCGGAAGCGCGAGGCGGAGCUCAAGCCAUUCACCAACUUUGACGUCUUCCACACGAGUCUGCUGGGACGACUGCGACGCGUGUUUGACACGCAGCUGGGCGUGGACCAGAAGGCCAAGGAGCUCGAGGCGAAGCUGCUGGAAAGGUACAAUGCGCUCAAGCGGCAGCAGGACACGCGCUUCCGCCAGAUCGACCGGUUCGAGGCGUCGAUCAAGGUGGCGACGGACAAGCAGGGGCAGUGGCGGCAGCGGCUGGUGUCGAAGCAGGCGGAGCUGGAUGCGGUCAAGGCGACGAAUGGCGAGCUGCUGCAGCAGAUCUCGUCGCUCAAGACGCGCAAUACGCUCUCGACGCCCGCGGACAACACCAAGCUCACGGCGCUCACCACGCGCGCCAAUACGGCGGAGCGGAGGUUGCAGACGGCACUCUCGCAGGCAUCGCAGGCGGAAGAGCGUCUGGCGGAGGCCAAAGUCAAGUACGGCGAGGGCGAGGGCAAGUGGGCGGCGAGGAUCAAGGAGCUCGAGCUGCGUUGCAAGGCGGCCGAGGAGCGUGUCAAGCGCGAGCGGCAGGGCGCCAAGGAGAGGGUGGCCGAGCUCGAGGAGAUCCGACGCAAGCUCGAACGCGAUCUGGACGCCGCCACCAAACGCAACCGCCUCGUGGGCGAUCUGCAGGCCAACGUGCGCAACAUCAGCUAG